AUUGGCCGUUUAUUGUUUUAACCAAAAAGAAGUGAAGUGCUAAAAUCACAAAUAUUAAAAAAAAAACUUUAAAAAUCACAAAAUGCAUUCACAAAUUGAACUGGUAGACAUCAGUUUAAGCACACCGAAUACACCAAAUACACCGAACACGCCAAGCUCACCAACGCAACGCCUGGACCAGGCAGCUGAUGCUAUUUUAAAUUAUAUGUUGGGUGAUACUGUGCGUGAACGUGAUGAGGAGGAACAGGAUGCCAUUGUGGAGGAGUCGGUGACUAAACGCAAUCAAACACGUACCGCUUGGCCGCCAGCGGCUCCUUCGGCGAAUGAUGGGAAACCACAACUGCGUUACUUUGCCGUCGGCCCGAGCACCUACCAAAUACGCUGCCCGUUGUGCAAGCAACGCGCCGACACAGAAACGGUGCAAAUGGCUGGCAUCUUGGGACAUCUCAGUUGUCUGCUCUCAACGCUAUCCUGCUGUUUUCCUAUAUUCUCACUAUCCUUCGUGUAUGUCUGUCUGCAGAGUCGUUUGAAGAGUAAACGUAUGUUCUGCAAUAGAUGUGGGGGCCAUUUGGGUUUCUUUUGGCGACCAACUUGAAAAAAAAUAUUUGUUUAGUGUUUUUUUGUUUUUUAAUAUAUAUAAUUUAUGGGUAGGAAAUAAGAGGUAAUUUUAAAAAUAUUCUUUUAAUUUUAAUUAAUUAUUGAUGUGUACUAAGAGUUGCUUUUAUAAUAAAAAAAAUACGUAUAUGUAUGUAUAUCUACAAUA